AUGCGGUCUCCUACUCUGGCGCGGUUGCAGUACCGUGCUGUAUCCGGCUUGGCCAGAUCAUCCCGUUUCCAGUCACAGAGCCUUGUGAAUUCCCGAUUUGCAUCUACGGCCGCUUUGCGGACUUCCGGCAUCGCGCCCGCUUAUCAGUCUGUCUUAAGACAAUGGGAGCAACGACGAAGUGCCGGUACUGCGACAGCAUCUGCGGUUCUGGAAGCCGCCGCCGUGAACCCGGAUGGACUCUCCCAAGCUGCCAUCAUUGAUAAUCUCGACCCAGCGCAUAUCGACAGUGGUAAGACCACCUGUACCGAACGAGUCCUUUUCUACACCGGCCGCAUCAAGGCAAUCCACGAGGUUCGCGGACGAGAUGCCGUCGGAGCGAAGAUGGACUCAAUGGAACUGGAACGUGAGAAGGGUAUUACCAUUCAGUCUGCUGCCACUUUCUGUGACUGGGUCAAGAAGGACAAGGACGGCAAGGACCAGAGCUACCACAUCAACUUGAUCGACACUCCAGGACACAUUGAUUUCACUAUCGAAGUCGAGCGUGCCCUGCGUGUCCUCGAUGGAGCCGUCAUGAUUCUUUGCGCCGUCUCCGGCGUUCAGUCACAGACCAUUACCGUCGAUCGCCAGAUGCGCCGUUACAACGUUCCCCGAAUUUCCUUCGUCAACAAGAUGGACCGUAUGGGAGCCAACCCGUUCAAGGCUAUUGAUCAGAUCAACAGCAAGCUCAAGAUGCCUGCUGCAGCUGUCCAGGUUCCAAUUGGCGCUGAGGAUGAGUUCCAAGGUGUGGUGGACUUGAUUCGCAUGAAGGCGAUCUACAACGUUGGAGAGAACGGAGAAGAACUGAAGGAGACCUCUGAGAUCCCGGACAAGGUGAAGGACAUUGCCAACGAGCGUAGAGCUAUGCUCAUCGAAACUCUUGCCGAUGUCGAUGAUGAGAUGGCCGAGAUCUUCCUUGAAGAGCAGGAGCCUACUGAAGAGCAGCUGCGGGCUGCUAUCCGUCGCGCCACAAUCAGCUUGAAGUUCACUCCUGUCUUCAUGGGAUCAGCGCUUGCCAAUAAGUCUGUUCAGCCUAUGCUGGAUGGUGUUAUUGACUACCUUCCCAACCCCUCGGAGGUGGAGAACCUUGCCCUCGACCAGAAGCGUAACGAGGCCUCGGUUAAGCUAGUGCCAUACAACUCCCUUCCAUUCGUUGGCCUGGCGUUCAAGCUGGAAGAGAGCAACUUCGGACAACUCACCUAUAUCCGUGUGUACCAGGGUACUCUUCGGAAGGGUUCCAACGUGUUCAACGCUCGCAAUGACAAGAAGGUCAAGAUCCCUCGUAUUGUGCGCAUGCACUCGAAUGAGAUGGAGGAAGUUAGCGAGAUUGGUGCCGGUGAAAUCUGUGCCGUGUUCGGUGUCGACUGUGCCUCCGGUGACACCUUCACUGAUGGACAAUUGGGCUACAGUAUGUCAUCCAUGUUCGUUCCCGAGCCCGUUAUUUCGCUGUCCAUCAAGCCCAAGCAGACUAAGGACGCUGCCAACUUCUCCAAGGCUAUGGCUCGUUUCCAACGAGAGGACCCAACCUUCCGUGUCACCUACGACACCGAAAGUGAGCAAACCAUCAUUUCCGGAAUGGGUGAGCUGCACUUGCAAAUCUAUAUCGAGCGCAUGCGCCGAGAGUACCGCGUGGACUGUGAGACAGGCCAGCCUCAGGUCGCCUACCGUGAGACUAUUGGCGGACGUGUCGAAUUCGACCAUCUGCUGAAGAAGCAGACUGGUGGUGCUGGUGACUAUGCCCGUGUUAUGGGAUGGAUGGAGCCUACCGGAGCCCUUGAGGAGAACAAGUUCGAACAGCAGGUUGUUGGUGGCAGCAUUUCCGAGAAGUUCUUGUUCGCUUGUGAGAAGGGAUUCAAUCUUUCUUGUGAGAAGGGUCCGCUCAUUGGACACAAGGUUCUCGGAACUCGCAUGGUCAUCAACGAUGGUGCUACUCACAUGACUGAUUCUUCCGAAAUGGCUUUCAAGAACGCCACUCAGCAAGCUUUCCGCAAAGCCUUUGCUGAGAGUCAGCCCUCCGUGCUGGAGCCUUUGAUGAAGACUGUUGUGACCGCUCCUUCUGAGUUCCAGGGUGAUGUCAUCGCUCUGCUUAACAAGCGAGGUGCCACCAUCAACGACACUGAGACUGGUGUUGAUGAGUUCACCAUCUACGCCGACUGCAGCUUGAACGGCAUGUUCGGCUUCAGCUCUAACCUUCGUGCUACCACCCAAGGCAAGGGCGAAUACACUAUGGAAUUCAGCCAUUACGAGAAGGCUCCUGCCCACGUACAGAAGGAGCUUAUUGCUCAGUACCUCAAGGCCCAGGCUGCUCGCAACAAGAAAUAA